AGCAGUUUCGAAGAAGACGAAGAGUAUUUUGUUGGCGUUCCUGCGGCAACUGAUAUAGCUAAUGGCUCUGAGGCAUCUACUUCUCAUGGACUCUCCUCAAGGCGGGAGUGGACCCGAUGACCCUGCAGAUUUGAGCAACAGUUCGACUCCCUGGAACAGGCACGGAGGAAAUGUUUCCGCUGAGAAACCUCAUGGUUCUCUCUUGACUGGCUGGAACAAUAUCAUCGCGUUUUUCUUUCGCUUCGCUCUUUCAAAUCCUCGUGACGCCUUGUUCCUACGGCAGUUUACUGACGAGACUGACGUGCUGGACACACUUGACUUGUACUUCCAGUUCGAACCCACGUUGUUCGUCAUGUACCUAUGCGGCAUAUUUUACGCAAUUGCUGGCCUCAUCUGCAGUGUUGCUUACAUCCAACUUCGACGACGCAAGUACUGCGGCGGAGACCGAACCCAGGAUCUCUCUGAGAAUAUGCGAUGCAUUGUACAGAUCUACAACAUUAGCUUCAUACUGACGCUAGGACUCGUCUUGUUAGGAAUUAUGCUUAUAUCAGCCAGCCUCGUCGAGAUGAGACGGGCCUACAAAGCGCACGGACCGAAUGCCUACAGCGAUGCCAUCACGGAGGUAGCAGAAUACAUUGGAAACACCUCCAAUAGCAUUCAAGGAAACUGCCACAGGCGGAAAGAUGUCUUUGUUGAUCUCGAAAAAGCAAUGACACAUGAUCUGGAGAAAGAGCUGUACAACUAUUCCCUCAAAGUUGUGAAAUACGAGACCCGAAACCUCAGACGUAGGUCUGCACAUGUGUCUGUAUCACCUACAGAAACGUCGAAAAAUGGCAGUAAGGUGACCAGACAGACUCCUCGCCUUGAGCUCCAGACACUCCCAACAACAAAGGAAGGGGUGCAAGAAUACAUUACAAGUCACAUCGCGAAACGUAUCAGUGAAGUCUACAGUGACACCUUCAACGAAGCUGGUCGUCUCGCUCAUCAAUCGAUUGCUGAAUUGAAAAGUUUUGUAGCUGACAUGGCAGAGGAUGCACGAAGGACUGUUGAAGGGAUUGCCCAUAUCAGCGACAAAAUUGUGCAAGCAGACCAGUGGAAUAUCCUUCGGACACUCAAGGACAACAGCAUCAUUUACGUCGUCACAAUUCUGCUUGGUCUUGGAGUGCUCUUCGUACUCUACACUGGUAGCUUCAUCAUGGGAAUGUUCUACUACGACGAACGCUUACCUCCUACAAAGCGCACCGAUGCGUCUAACUACGCUGGCUUGGCAAUGAUCACAGCUGUCGUGGCGUCGUUUCCCAUCUGUGCCGUGCUCAUGCUGGUAGCGACUGCAAUAAUGAUACUGUCUCUCACUAUCACCAACUACGCCUGUCGCCCGUUCAGCAAGCUGGUUUAUGAAACACCUGACAUUAUUCAACAAACCUUACUCGAUGAUACUCUGGCGUAUUUGUGGUCGCAGCACAAUCGCGGAAAAUGGUUUGGCAAGUUUCUGGCUGGAACAGUGCUCACAAAAUGUCACGGAGGACGUCUCUUUGACGUUAUCCACGAUGAUUUCGAUGUCGCCUUGAUUGGAUUCCUCAACGAGACGGAAAAUAUACAGCACCUUCUGGUCUCCUUGGCUAUUGAUCCUCGCAUGAUUCUUGGAAAAGAUCCUCCUGGUGGGAAGCCAACUGUUUAUUACGAAGACAUGAAAAAGAUUCUGUGGGAUGGCCUGGACGACAUAGUUGACGGCUUCAUUUCAGAGAAGAUGAAGUCCUUAGUUGAGCAAGACAAAGACCUCUUCCAGGUGAAUCCCUAUUGCUUCGCAGCUUACGAGGGGUAUGAGAAAGCAUUCGGCGUUAUAUGCAAUGGCAUCAUUCGAAACGUGAAUGCCUUCUGGACAGCCUUAGGUUGCUGCCUGUGGAUGUUUCUAGCGCUGGGAAUUUUGGCGCAUAAUUUGUCCAAGUACUUCUUACGGAUGGAAAACUAUACUCUGGAUGGCUCAGAAGUGGAGUCCGAUUCUGAGUUUGGGACAGGUGCAUCGGGCACGUCAGGAAUAUCGGGGACAUCAGAAGGUGAGGGCAAGCCAAAGGCAGAAGGGGACGCCGCUCAAGCUGAGAAGCCAGCGGAGGAACCGCAGAGUACUCUCCCCAAAUGGCUCAUGAAGAGCCGAAGCCGAAAAAGUCAAAUUGGGUUAGGUGGAGGCCCAUCCCGCAGACGAUCAUCUGUUAUGGGACAAGGGGCAACACCGGAUUCGUCGUAA